AUGUAUGCCGACGUGGAUCCUACGCAAGAUACCGAAUUGUAAGUGGGAGCGAUUGCUCAGUUUGGCACACGAGCGGGCCCCUGUUCAAGCUGAGCGAUACACGAUCUUUGCGCUUCUUCAUUGCUCCGAUGCGCGUCUGGCACAAAGUCACGAUGCUCUACGCAAGCAUGGCAUCAUCCCGCCUAAACCUCCUUCGCGCUCUCCCUCGCCCGAAUUACCUAGCGAGUCCGAACGACGAAACGCGAAGCUGCACGCUCUUCCCAUCCACUCUCUUCAACAUCAUCUAGACACCGCUCUGGACUCUCACGAUGCUCAGCAAGUGGAAGAGAUUCAAUUCAUCCUUCGUCAAAGGGCAAAGGCAGAGUUGAGACAGAAGAAAAGGAAUAGAUUUGGCAGAGUCUAUCCGAUUCAGAGACCGGAUUAUACGAGGGAAAUCACCGAGGCUAGCAAGGUCGAGAUCGAUGAAGAGCAGAGUGACGAGGAUGAAGGCGAUGAGGAAGAGCGCGAACAGAUUGGACGCGGCUUGAAUGGCAACAGUGCGCAAGGAGAUCCGGCGAAAAGAAAAGGCACCGGAGUGGUUUGCUUCCUCUACAAGGACGGGUGAGUGAAUGCCGAACCAGGCUACUUCAAGCCUGUCGCAGGAGCCUUGCAAUCUUCACAAGGCUUGCAAGCGCUAAGCCUUCUGCUGUUUGGGCCUCAUUGGACAGGAUGCCAACAUGCGAGCUCUUGAAGGGCUACCUCAACACAUUAGCCGAGAGGUAUCCAGCGACAAAAUUCGUGAGCAUAGUCGGGGCCAAGGUGAGUAAAAUCUCAGCCCGUCUUCCGCUACUUACCGCUCGCUGAGAGAGAGGACGUUGCUCUUGAAUCUCAAUUUCGACAGUGCAUACCCAAUUAUCCGGACAAGAAUCUGCCCACAUUGUUGAUCUACAGGAAUGGGGAGCUGCACAGGCAAAUGAUAGGUCUUAGACCCGAGAUUGGUCUGAGUGGGAUGGACACCAAAUUGGAGGGUGGGUUUUCUUCUUUGCUCUCUAGUAUCGCCCGUCACUUUUGCAUUGUCCGCUCGAAGCUCAUGUUCCAUGUUUGGUUGCCCCCUUUUCCUACAAUCUUCAGACAUUGAGCUGGUCCUUACAGCAGUGGGCGCAUUGGACCGACCACCCCUAUCCUCGCAGCCCGCACAAGGGCGAGAGGAAGACACUUCCGAUUCGGACGAUUCAAGCGAGGAGAACAAGACGAAGGCAAAGAGUAUCAGGAAUGCCACGGGCAGAGGGACCGGAAUGCUCGGUGCUCCGACAGAUAGGCGGCCAAGCGCCAAGACGCAGGAGGAGGAGGAUGCGGAGCUGGACUGGGAUCUGUAA